AUGCUCCAAUCCCGCAUCAGACCCCCCCCCCGCGCCAAUCCAACCAGCACAGUCCCAACACCGGAUCUGGACAACAAUAGCGAAGAAAUCGACGAAUCCCCAGAAGAUAUCUUUGGUGCCUACCUAGCUCAUCUCCUCCCAGAUGAUGCCCCCUCAUUCCACGGCGAUCCAGGUCAACACCUCCUCUACAGCUCUCCCCGCUAUGGAGAUCUAGACAUUAUGGUCCCGAGCUAUCCAGACUCAAACGCCAAUCGCUCUGAUGCAGCGCGUAGGCUAUUUGCUCAUUUUGUUUGGAGCGCUGGUCUGGUUGUUGCGGAGGGUGUCGAAUUAGCUGAUCAGGCUCAGUCGAAGAGUAUCUGGGCUAUGGAGGGUGAGACGGUGCUGGAGUUGGGAGCUGGUGCCGCUGUCCCAUCCUUAAUCUGCGCGCUGGCCAAGGCCAAGGCCGUAACGGCAACAGACCAUCCCUCCUCACCAGCCCUAACUGGCGCUAUGGCAUUCAAUAUCAAGUACAAUCUUUCGAACAGAAAUCCACCACUGAAUGGAAAUGUUUCCAUGCAGCCACAUCAAUGGGGUGUCUUGGACGAUGAAUUCUCAAUCCAGAACAAAGGCUCUUUCACACGGAUCAUCGCAGCAGAUUGUUUCUGGAUGAGAGAGCAGCAUGGUAACCUUGCUCGGACGAUGCAGUGGUUCCUUUCGCCUGGUGGACGGAUUUUUAUCGUUGCAGGCUUUCACACUGGGAGGCCGAUUGUGGCUGGGUUUCUUGAGACGGUGCUUGAGUAUGGAUUUGUCAUUGAAACGAUUUAUGAAAGGGAUUUAUUCGAGACGACUAAGGACGGAGCGGAAAUUAGGAGGGAAUGGAUGCCGCACCGAGAGGGAGAGGUUGACAGGAGUAGGUGGUGUGUUAUUGCUGUUUUGAAGAGGGAGUAG